AUGCGAUCCCUCCACCUCACAGCGCUGCUCGCCAGCAUCUCCCACGCAGCAAAAUACGAAGAAUACAUCCUCGCUCCCUCUUCCCGCACCCUCCUCCCCGCUGCCAUCUACCAACUCAACGGCACAGUCUCCAACCCCGACUCUCUCCUCUCAAACUCCACCUCUUCCACCGCAGCAACCUUCACCGACGCCUCCUCCCUGACCCUCGACUUUGGCAAAAACAUCGCCGGCCUCGUCUCCUUCACCGUAACCUCCACCUCCGCCGACCAACACAUCGGUCUGGCCUACUCGGAAUCCUCCCUCUGGGUCAACGGCCAAGGCAGCGAUGGCACCGCCGACGCGGGAAUCGAUGAGAUUUUGUGGUUUCAGCCGACGGGUCCGGGAAACUACACGGUCGAUCGAGAGCACGAGCGGGGUGGGUUCAGGUAUUUGAGUCUGAUUCAUAAUACGACCGGUGAGGUGGGGAUUGAUCGGGUCGAGGUGCAUUUCACGCCCAUGCCGCAUUGGGAGGAGGGAAAGCUGAGGGAGUAUACGGGUUGGUUUCAUUGUGAUGAUGAGUUGGUGAAUCGCAUCGACCCACACUACGGCAACGCUCUGGUCCAUCUCUACAAAAUCAACUCGACGCAGCUCGGCGACGAAACUCCCCCAAACACAUGGUACAACAACUUCACCAUCACCAACGGCACUUCCGCACUGGUCGACGGAGCCAAACGAGACCGCCUAGUCUGGGCAGGCGACAUGGCCAUCGCCGUGCCCGCCAUCGUCGUCUCCACCGACGACAUGAUAUCCGUCGCCAACUCCCUCGACUCCCUCUUCGCCGUGCAAAACACCACCACAGGUCAGCUCUCCUACGCCGGCGUUCCCUUUCCCUCACUCUACUCCUCAACCUACCACCUCUACACCCUCAUCGGCGUAGCCGACUACUACCUCUACGCCAACGCCCUCCCCUACCUGCAAGCAAAAUGGCCCGCCUGGAAACUCGCCCUGAACUACUCCCUCUCCUUCAUCGACGACUCCGGCAUGAUGAACGUCACCAGCCCCGCGGACUGGCUCCGCUUCGGCAUGGGCGGCCACAACAUCGAAGCAAACAGCAUCCUCUACUACACCAUCAACCAAGGCCUCCUCCUCGGCGCCGCCGUCCACGAGUCCCCCGACCUCCUCGCCGCCUGGUCCCGCACCGCCGAACGCAUCAAACAAUCCGCCAACACCCUCCUCUGGAACGACACGACCGGUCUCUACCACGACAACGAAACCACCACCCUCUCCCCGCAAGACGGCAACGCCUGGGCCGUGCUCGCCAAUCUCACCGACUCGUCCGAGAAAAACACCGCAAUCUCCACCGCUCUCCGUUCCCGCUGGGGAACUUACGGUGCGCCCGCCGUGGAAGCAGACGACGCUAUUUCACCUUUCAUAUCCGGUUUCGAACUCCGCGCCCAUCUCCUCGCGGGCAACGCCACCUCCGCUCUCGACCUCAUCCGCUUACAAUGGGGCUUCAUGCUCAACGAUCCGCGGAUGACGAACUCGACCUUCAUCGAGGGAUACUCCUCAACAGGCGAACUGCAUUACGCUCCAUACACGAAUGAUCCGCGAGUCAGCCACGCCCACGGCUGGGCGACGGGACCGACGAGCACGUUGACUUUUGAAGUCGGGGGUUUGAAAUUGCUCAGCGCGGGGGGCGCGACGUGGGAGGUGGCGCCACGGUUGGGAGGGUUGAGGAUGGUGGAUACGGGGUUUAGCACCUCUUUGGGACAGUUUGCGGUGGAGGUUAAUGCUACGGCUAGUGGCCAGAUCACGGGGUUCAUGUUCAGCACGCCGGACGGCACGAGCGGGAGGGUUAGUUUGCCGGGGGUUAGUGGGAUGUUGAGGGGUGGGAAUGGGACGACGGUGAGGCUGAUUGAUGGAGAGGCGAGUGAUGUGCCGGGCGGGACGUGGACGUUGGUGGUCGGACCUGAAGGCUCUACUGGUGCUGCUGCGGUGAUGUCCGCGAGCUCGCUGCUUGCUGCCGCCGCGGGCAUAUUUGGUUGCGCGCUGUUGCUGUAG